GUAUUAAAGUAUAAAUAUAGCAGGCAAAAGUAGUAACAAAUAAAAUAAGAGCUGAAAUAAUAAAUUAAAUAACUGCCAGGGCUCACCAUGAUGAUACCAACCCAGUCUGGAAGUCAUACGAGCAGGCUGUGGAACAUUAUUCUUACGUACCCGUCUAAUAUCUUUGACGGUGACAAAGCCCUCGCUCAGAUUUCUUCAAUCUUUAAUGUCAUUUUACACACAGCCUGACCUGAAACUGGGACAGUUUGCUCACAUAGGGAGAGAAGGAAGGCUCGAUUUCCAAGAAACAGAUGACACCCAGUUAACUUGUAUUUGUAAAUACAGAUAUCAUUUUCCUUGUAUAAUCAUACUACACACCUUUCAGCCAAAUAUAGCCUUCACGUCGUCAGGAGGACUCGUCCAAUCAGUGCGCCGAUGCAGUCCUGUCCCCCUCACUGCUCAUACAGAGGUUAUCUUAUCAAAUGUAAUCAAAAAUAUGCGUCUGAUCUUUGACAGCUGUGCCCCGACAUCAUUGAGUGGAUUAUUAAUGUUGUUGUCGAUGCCAAAGCACCACAAAUAUUAAUCCUUUAGCAGUUUUUGGGGCCUUUUUGUGGGUCAGUGUAUAAAGGGGUGUAUAAAGUACUGAGAUUGUAAUGUUAUAUAUAUUUAUCCACACAUAUGCACAGAAUUUGUGCACCUUCUUCAACCACGAGAGAUCAAUCGUUACAAACACACAACAAAAACUCAGCAUAGAUUUGAAUAAAGCGACUGUAGGGACAAUAAGAAAUAUAUGCUGCCCUCAGGUGGUUGUAUCAGAAACAGCAACUUUCUGUGGAGAUAUAAAAGUAACAAUUCUUUUAUUAGUGCCUAGUGUUGGACUUUUAGGACAUGUUUCUUUCUUUUCUUUGUUUUUUUUGUGCAUUACAGACCUGAUUUAUACUCAAACAAACUCUUCCUAGAGGAUUGUUUAUCAGGAAAACACAAGAAACUUCAAAAUUUUUCAUGUCUUGACAGAGAGAAAGGUUGUCAUCCUUCCAUAUGUUUCCCCCCUCUUUGUCCUUACAGUUAUUUCAUAAAAAACUAAGAAAUAAAAAAGCUACAUUCAUCACCUGAUAACCACGGAAACUACUUCGAUCCUCAGUCGUCAACAGUGUUUCAGCUGAAGAACAAAGCAGCUUCAUCAGCGAAUGUUUCAUUUCUGUGGUCAGAUCUGUUUGCUGUGUUUGUAUCAGCUGCUUAUACAUUUUGGCAGAUGUUUCAAUGGCCUAUAAACAGAAACAGAAGAACUGAAACCUGAUCAGAUAAGUACUUGAAUUUCUGCAAAAUCAACCUGUGCAUGAGUGAGGAAAGUUUUACAGAAGAGCAAUUCAUGAAUGAAUAAACACAACAAUCAUCGAUACAACAAUAACAUAAUUAAUACAUUUCUAGAGCAGGUCUUGCAGGCGGAUCAGUCGAAUAAAAACACUUUAAGAUGAGAGGAAUCUGUGCUCAGAGAUCCGUGGUGGCUGCAGCAGGACGUUUCCUCUGAGCCGCAGCAGCACUUGGAGCUCAAACACCGGCUUUACUUUGUGACCAAGUUGUAAAUGUGCUCGUCUCCCCGUGGAAAUGCACGCAGGAGCGACCAGCUGUGUGGGAACGGUAAGCAGUUCCGUUGCUGAAGUGUCAAAGGUCUGAUCUGAUCCUACCUGGAGCAACUGCUCCGGUUUCACUGCAGGACACCACUGCGUCAGCAACAGCUGUCCUGCAGCCCCGUGCUGGCUGCCACAAGGGGAGAAUUACGUCCUCAGUGUAAGGCUUGACGGAAGACUUGAUUUUUUUUUUUUCAAGUUUCUUGGAUUCUGUGGAAUUAUUUGCUUUACCGUGCAAGCACCUUCUAGGGAAACCCCGGUGUGGCGGUAUCCCUUCGCAAUGCGAAGAUGGCGACCCUGCUCCCUCCCCCAGGCACCAACGCGUUCCGCCGCUUCACCAAGGAAUCGCUGGUGGAGAUCGAGAGGCUCGCGGAGGAAAGAAAAAAGGCCGCAGAAGUAGAGGGACGUGAGGAGGAAGAGUCACUGGCCCCGAACGCUGAUCUGGAGGCGGGCAAGAGUCUGCCCUUGAUCUAUGGAGACCCUCCACCAGAGUUGCUCAACACACCUCUGGAGGACCUGGACCCCUUCUACAAACCACAGAAAACAUUCAUUGUGAUCACCAAAGGAAACACAAUCUUCAGGUUCAACGCUGAACCGGCUUGCUACAUUCUGAGCCCCUUUAGUUUGGUUAGGAGAGGAGCCAUCAAAAUUCUCAUACAUUCAUUAUUUAGCAUGUUCAUCAUGAUUACAAUUUUGUCGAAUUGUGUAUUCAUGACGAUGAGCAACCCACCAGCAUGGAGUAAAACUGUUGAGUAUGUUUUUACUGGUAUCUAUACCUUCGAGGCAACAGUCAAAGUGUUGUCGAGAGGUUUCUGUGUUGGAUCUUUUACAUUCCUUCGAGAUCCAUGGAAUUGGCUGGAUUUCAUGGUGAUCAGCAUGGCAUACAUCACUGAGUUUGUUGACCUUGGCAAUGUGUCAGCCCUCAGGACCUUUCGUGUACUUCGAGCCCUUAAAACAAUUACUGUGAUUCCUGGUUUGAAAACCAUCGUGGCCGCUCUGAUCCAGUCGGUGAAGAAAAUGGUGGACGUCAUGAUUCUGACCGUUUUCGCUCUCGCUGUUUUCGCCCUCAUUGGCCUCCAACUUUUUAUGGGAAAUCUGCGUCAGAAAUGUGUGCGAUGGCCCAUCGAAACAAACGGAACUGCGUUUGAAUUCUUCAACGCCACCAACGCGUUUAAUGACACCGCGUCCUUCAACAACACCAUGGGGGUCAAUGAUACGAUAUAUUCCAACAAUAACUUCAAUUUCAUUGAAUAUAUUGAAAACACAGAGAAUCACUAUUAUUUGGAAGGAAGCCCAGAUGCCCUACUUUGUGGAAACAGCUCUGAUGCUGGAAAGUGCCCAGAAGGAUACACAUGCAUGAAGGCUGGGAGGAACCCCAACUUUGGCUACACCAGUUUUGACUCUUUUGGCUGGUCCUUCUUGGCCCUCUUCAGACUCAUGACCCAGGACUACUGGGAGAACCUUUUCCAGCUGAUCCUGCGGGCAGCUGGAAAGACAUACAUGCUGUUCUUUGUGGUGGUUAUCUUUCUGGGCUCCUUCUACCUCAUCAACCUCAUUCUGGCUGUGGUAGCCAUGGCUUACGAUGAACAGAAUGAGGCAACUCGGCGAGAGGCCAUAGAGAAAGAGGAGGAGUUCCAGCGGCUACUAGAGCAACUCAAGAAUCAGGAACAGGCUCACCUUCUUGGGAGCCGAGCCACUCUAACCAGUAAGAAGUCGCUUAGUCAUCACACCACGUCCGAGUUGGCAGAUGAUGAACAGAGCCUUGAACAUGACGAAAUUGUCAAGGAUUGCAAUGGAAGAGUCAUCCCCCGCCUGAUAAUCAGAGCGCCCACCAUAAUCAAGCCUCUUGCAGAUAAUGAACUCAGAGAGAGGUCAAUCGGCUCUGUGCACAGCAUGCUUCAUCUGGACGAACCAGGCCUGGCACAGAGAAGAGCAAGUGCUCUAAGUGUGCUCACUACAGCUAUGGAAGAGUUGGAGGAGGCUCAGAGGCCGUGCCCGCCCGGCUGGUACAAGUUUGCCGACAUGUUUCUGAAGUGGGACUGCUGCAAGCCGUGGGUGACCUUUAAAAAUUGGGUGCACUUUGUGGUGAUGGACCCUUUUGUUGACUUGGCCAUCACCAUCUGCAUCGUGCUCAACACCCUCUUCAUGGCGAUGGAGCACUACCCCAUGACCCCAGAGUUUGACUACAUGCUCUCUGUGGGGAAUCUGGUUUUCACUGGAAUCUUCACAGCUGAAAUGUUCUUCAAGCUCAUCGCCAUGGAUCCCUACUACUACUUUCAAGUCGGCUGGAAUAUUUUCGACAGCAUCAUUGUCACUCUCAGUCUGGUUGAGUUGGGGUUGGCAAAUGUCCAGGGACUGUCUGUUCUUAGGUCCUUCCGUCUGCUUCGUGUCUUCAAACUAGCCAAGUCCUGGCCCACACUCAACAUGCUGAUCAAGAUCAUCGGCAACUCAGUGGGAGCUUUAGGAAACCUGACUUUGGUGCUGGCCAUCAUCGUCUUUAUCUUCGCCGUGGUGGGGAUGCAGCUCUUCGGCAAGAGCUAUAAGGACUGCGUGUGCAAGAUCUCCGUAGACUGCGAGCUGCCUCGCUGGCACAUGAACGACUUCUUCCACUCGUUCCUCAUCGUGUUCCGCAUCCUGUGUGGGGAGUGGAUCGAGACCAUGUGGGACUGUAUGGAGGUGGCCGGACCUGGGAUGUGUUUAGUUGUCUUCAUGAUGGUCAUGGUCAUUGGAAAUCUAGUGGUGUUGAACCUCUUCCUGGCCCUGCUGCUCAGCUCGUUCAGUGGAGACAACCUCUCAGCAGGGGACGAUGACGGCGAGAUGAACAACCUCCAGAUUGCCAUCGGCAGGAUCACUCGGGGAAUCGACUGGCUCAAAGCAUUCGUCGUUCGGAUGGUCCUGCGGCUUCUUGGCAGAAAGCCCAAAGAGCCUGAUGAGGACCUGACGGACGACGGGGACGCUAAAAUGGAGUGUAUCGAAAUGAACCACUUGGACACCAGUGGGGAUUUAAAAAUGGCCGAUGGGAUAGCUAAUUGUUUGGUUGAAGGCCGGCCCUCUGGAUUUAUUGUAGACGGAGAGCUCAGCGGUCUCAAUGUGCCGAUCGCCCUGGGAGAGUCCGACUUUGAAAACCUAGGCGAGGAUGAUGAGGACGACGAAGACACCAAUGACUCUGAGUUUACAGAAGAAAAAAACAACCAACUUUACCUGGAAAACGCAGCAGAUGAAAUUAGCAUGCUGGAAACCGUCAAACUGAUGGGUGCUUUGACUGAUGGGGAUUCUUCAGUGUGUAGCACAGUGGACUAUCAACCACCUGAGCCUGAACCAGAGGAAGUAGAAGAAGAAGAAGAAGACCCCGCGGAGCCAGAGGCCUGCUUCACUGACAACUGCGUGAAGCGCUGGCCGUGUCUGACCGUGGAUAUCACCGAAGGUAAAGGCAAAAAAUGGUGGAACCUCCGUAAGACUUGCUUCACCAUCGUGGAGCAUGACUGGUUUGAAACCUUCAUCAUUUUUAUGAUCCUCCUCAGCAGUGGAGCUCUGGCCUUUGAAGACAUACACAUAGAAAGACGCCGAACCAUCAAAAUUAUUCUGGAGUUUGCCGACAAAGUUUUCACCUACAUCUUUAUCAUCGAGAUGCUCCUUAAAUGGACCGCGUAUGGCUUCAAGACCUACUUCACCAACGCUUGGUGUUGGUUAGACUUUUUCAUCGUAGAUAUUUCCCUGAUUAGUUUAUUCGCCAACUGGAUGGGCUACUCCGAACUUGGACCAAUCAAAUCCCUCAGGACUCUCAGGGCGUUGAGGCCUCUUCGAGCCCUGUCGAGAUUUGAAGGGAUGAGGGUGGUAGUGAACGCUCUUGUUGGAGCAAUUCCCUCCAUCUUCAACGUGCUGCUGGUGUGUCUGAUCUUUUGGCUCAUCUUCAGCAUCAUGGGGGUUAACCUGUUUGCCGGGAAGUUCUACCGCUGCAUCAACACCACCACGGAGGAGCUUUUCCCCAUGUCUGAGGUCAAUAACAGGAGCGACUGCAUGGCCGUCAAGGAAGCCACACAGGACGCCCGCUGGGUCAACGUCAAAGUCAACUACGACAACGUAGGGAAGGGCUACCUGUCUCUGCUUCAAGUGGCGACUUUUAAAGGCUGGAUGGACAUCAUGUACGCUGCUGUUGACUCAAGAGAGGUAGAGGAACAACCUUCUUACGAGAUCAACCUCUACAUGUACAUGUACUUCGUCAUCUUUAUCAUCUUUGGCUCUUUCUUCACACUCAACCUCUUCAUUGGUGUCAUUAUUGACAAUUUCAACCAACAGAAGAAAAAGUUUGGAGAUAAAGACAUCUUCAUGACUGAGGAACAAAAAAAGUACUACGACGCCAUGAAGAAACUUGGUUCCAAGAAGCCACAGAAGCCAAUUCCACGUCCAACUAACCUAAUCCAGGGAAUGGUGUUUGACUUCAUCAGUCAGCAGUUUUUUGACAUCUUCAUCAUGGUGCUCAUCUGCCUUAAUAUGGUGUCCAUGAUGGUGGAGACAGACAACCAAAGUCCAGAGAAGGAAGAAUUCCUCUUCAAAUUAAACGUGGCUUUCAUCAUUGUCUUCACUGGGGAGUGCGUGUUGAAGCUUUUUGCCUUGCGACAAUACUACUUCACCAACGGAUGGAAUAUUUUUGAUUUCGUUGUGGUCAUCUUGUCCAUAGCUGGUACGAUGCUCUCAGAUAUAAUCGAGAAGUACUUUGUGUCACCAACUCUGUUCAGAGUGAUCAGACUGGCAAGAAUAGGCAGGAUUCUGCGUCUUAUCAAAGGAGCGAAGGGCAUUCGGACGCUUCUCUUCGCUCUGAUGAUGUCCCUUCCUGCCCUUUUCAACAUUGGUCUCCUGCUCUUUCUCAUUAUGUUCAUCUUCUCCAUAUUUGGGAUGUCAAAUUUUGCCUAUGUCAAAAAGGGGGCCGGAAUUGAUGAUAUAUUUAAUUUUGAGACAUUCGGUGGAAGCAUUAUCUGCCUGUUUGAGAUUACAACGUCGGCUGGUUGGGAUGGACUUUUACUUCCAAUGCUGAACAAGGACUUUCCAGAUUGUGAUCCAGACAUUGAGAACCCAGGCACAGAUGUAAAGGGCAACUGUGGCAACCCGGGCAUGAGCAUGAUCUUCUUCUGUGGCUACAUCAUCGUCUCGUUCUUAGUGGUGGUCAACAUGUAUAUCGCCAUUAUCUUGGAGAACUUCAAUGUGGCUCAGGAGGAGAGUGGCGACGCACUCUGUGAGGAAGACUUUGAGAUGUUCAAUGAGACUUGGGAGAAGUUUGACUUGGAUGGAACGAUGUUCAUUGAGUAUAGCCAGCUCUCAGAUUUUUGUGAUACCUUGCAGGAGCCAUUGAGGGUUGCUAAGCCCAACCGUCUUCGCUUGAUUGAAAUGGAUCUGCCCCUGGUCAUCGGGGACAGGAUCCACUGCCUGGAUGUCUUGUUGGCGGUCACACAGAUGGUGCUGGGAGACACGGUGGAGAUGGCGGCAAUGCGGGAGAGCAUCGAGGCUAAGUUCAUCCUGAACAACCCCACCUCAGACUCCUUUGCGCCGAUUACUACAACGGUGCGCCACAAAGAAGAGCAGAUGGCUGCUGUGGUCAUUCAAAAGGCUUACCGCAACCACCUACUGAAGCGCUGCAUACGCCACGCCGCUUUUCUUCACCACUGUAAGAGGAUGGGUAGAAAGGACGAAGGUGAAGAUCCACCAGAGAAAGAGGGGAUGCUUGCGCAAAGGAUGGGAGUGCUGUAUGGCAGCAAUGUGGACCUUGCAGAGGAGAUGGAGCAGGCUGCAUUAGAAACUCUAGCAAGCCAACAGCCUCCUAGUCCUGAGACAUUGUCACAUCACACAGGGGCCGAGUGUGAUCCAGAACCGCUUGAGCCAAAUAUCAUGGUUGUACCUGUAGAAAUUACUAAUGAGGUUUUAUUACAUUCUGCCCCCAGCCAAUACCUCUUGACCCUACCGGCAAACUUGAGAGAGUCAAUCGUAUAACAAACAGCCGAAGACGUUUAAUGAUGUUUUUCACCAGUCGAGGAGGUAGUGUUAGCAGCUGAUGCAAAGUCUCACCAAUGGAGCUGAAUUUUCCACACUAGAAGAAGAGGUUACACAGUGCUAAGGAAUGUUCAAAACUACAUUUUUAAAUUUCUUAACGAACAAUUCCUGUUUUUUUUUGUUUUUGUUUUUUAAAAAAAAUGCAAUAUCAUGCAAGUGUCUUUUUGGGUGGAAGGUACAACUGGCGUGCAUGGUUUUCUCUGAUAACCAUAAAGAGCAAAUAUAACCACCGUGCUACAUGAGAAGCAGAGAUAAACGACUUAAAAUAAACACGUUAAAUAAGAAUUAAUUUGGCUUAAUAUGAUAAUAAGACCAGUUACCUAUUGUAGCAUUGGUGAGGGUAAGAUUUCUCAACUUUUAAACAUUAGACCAGAAUCUGUGAUGUGAAAAAUGAAUCUAGAAAUUGUAAUAAUACUAUACUACUCACAAAUUAAGAGGUCUGAUGGAUUUUAAUGCACGCCUUUAUUGAGGCGAGCACUCAUUUAGCUUUUUGUCACGCGUGCCAGAAAAAACAAACCAUGUGCUCCAGUUUCUAACCAAAGAGUAACUGCAGCAAUGAAUGCAGCACUAUUAAGCAUUACUUCAUCACACAGAGCCACGAUGGCUACGAAUGGUAAAAUUGUGAUUCAGUUAUAUCCAAUAAUCCUUUUCCUGCUUACUUUAAGUCACUUUUUAUGUUAAUUAGACACUAACUGAUUUUCUAUGGUGGAGUUUUGUACGUGUAAAAAUGAAACUAAGGCUCAUCUUGAUCACCUUUUUAUUCAAGUCAACCAGUGGAACCCUGAUCUCUGUUAUUCUUUAUUAGUUAACAAUAACUUGGGCCAGCUAAUGCAGUUAACAUCUGUCCCUGAGUGGCUCAUUAAUGGCCCAGUUUAUAUUGCACUAUUUAUAUCCCUUCCAGGUCAAGUUAGAGCAGUUGACUAUGUAAGACUGAGAGACCUUCCUGUUUUCUAAGAUGACUUCAUCACUGAUAUAUGCAUGUCUUAUAAAUGUCUUGUCUGUUUUCUUCUGGUCCCCUCAGACAGAUCUCAAAACUCCCAGCAAGCAGUCAAACGUUAUCUGUGACUGUAAUCUUAAGACGCGAUGUUUACAUUAACACAGCUGAGCUCAUUUCGACGUGUUUUCUGUAUUUGUCUACCGAGUAAUACUAAUGAUACAAGUACAUUUGAACGUUUUUGCCUCAGGUUAUAUCAAGUGCAGAGUUUGUCUUUCGGCUGAAGUUCUGAAACGUGGCAUAGCAUAGUUAAAUAAAUGACUCUGGAGUUAAAGUCUGUGUAAAGGCAAAGCUGAGAUUUCUUUCAAAAUACAUAAAAUAUGUUGGAAAAUAGUCGCUGAAAAGACUUUGAACGAUAU